AAAUUCCUUGUAUGAUGUGUGCAUACUUGGCCAUUAAACCUGAUUCUGAUUAAAAAAAAAAAAAAAAUUAAAACAUUAAAAAACUACAAAAAAGGUGUCCGUGCGGAUGCCUGUCAGAAAUGUGACGCGUUCUGCGCAGGCGCGGUUCCUCCGUCCGAGCCUCCGGUUAGUUUUAAAGAAGAGAAGCAGAGCGACACCAUGAACCAAGUGGAUUCUGUCCAGCAGCAGCGGACUGGAAGUGUGUGUUUGGAGGAGAAAGUGCAGAAGAAACGCCUCCAUCAUCCGCAGGACGUCGUUCUGAAGCAAACCUCCGUUUUGCCUGCAGAUGUCCAGAAGGUGUUGGUGAUUAAAGAAGAAGUCCCCUAUGAGUGGAGCUCCAGUCUGGACCAACAGGACCCGGAACCCCUCCACAUAAUGGAGGAACAGGAGGAACUGUGCACCAGUCAGGAGGACUCUUAUAUCAGCAGGUUUCCAUUCAUUGCUGUUUCUGUGAAGAGCGAAGAUGAUGAAGAGGAGCCUCAGUCUUCACAGCUUCAUCAGAGCCAAAGUAAAGGCAAUAACGAGGAAACCAGCAGCUCAAUUAAACAGAUGAAAACAGAAACUAAUAGAGAGGACUGUGGAGGACCAGAAGCUGAUCCAAAUAAUAAUUUACAGUCAAACGCUGACGGAAAGUCUUCAGACUGGACUGAGAUCGAAGUCAGUAUUGAUGGUUACGCUGAGGAAGACAUAGAGGAAGAUGAGGAUGAGUGGCAGGAACCUUUGUCAGACUCUGGACCUGAAACUGAAAACAGAGACAAUGACUGGAAAGAGACCAGAGGACCUGAAUCAGCUGUAAAUAGUGAUGUUGGAUGUAGCACUCAGAAAAAACCCUUUAGCUGCUCCGAGUGUGAUAAACAAUUUGUCUAUAAACAGUCACUUCAGAGACACAUGGCGUGUCAUACAGAAAAAAUGUUUUCCAGCUGUUUAGGUAAUGAGCAAUAUUUUGGAGUGAAACAAAACGUAGACUCACAGAUGAGAGUCCUCCAGCGUGAGAAACUAUUUGGCUGUAAUGAAUGUAAUAAAAGAUUUCGAUAUCAUUGUGAACUGAAGUUGCACAUGACAGAGCACACAGGAGAGAAACCGUUCGGCUGUAGUGAAUGUGGUAGAAGAUUCAUAGAACAGGGAUCUCUGAAGAAACACAUGACCAUUCACACAGGAGAGAAACGAUUUGGCUGUGAUGUCUGUGGUAAAAGGUUUAGCCAACAGGGAACGCUGAAGACACACAUGACGGUUCACACAGGAGAGAAACCAUUCAGCUGUUACGUUUGUGGGAAAAGAUUUAGCCGUCAGUGGGACCUUAAAGCGCACAUGUCGGCCCACAUGGAAGAGAAACCGUUUAGCUGUGACGAUUGUGGCAAAAGAUUUUUAGAUCAGAAGAAUCUGAAGAGACAUGUGACAGUUCACACGGGAGAGAAACCAUUUGGUUGCAACACUUGUGGGAAAAGAUUUAGAUUUCCACAUGACCUUCAAGUACAUACAAGAGUUCACACGGGUGAGAAACCAUUUGUUUGCGGUGACUGUGGGGAAACAUUUAGCCAACAGGGAACUCUGCUGAGACACAUGACUGUCCACUCAGGAGAAAGACCAUUUAGCUGCGAUGACUGCGGUAAAACAUUUACCCGUAAGGCACAUCUUAAAAGACACAUGGCAGUUCACACGAGUUAAGAAACAAACUUUAUCACUCUCUUUUGCAUGUUUAAUUUACUAGAGAGAGGUUUGUUUCACACGUUUGAAUACUGUUCCACAUUUCGUACAGUUAAUGAUGAAACAACAUUAAGUUUUCUACCACAACUGAUAUUUCUGAGCUUUAAAUUGGUGCAAUUCGUUCAGUUUCUGUAGUUUAAACUUGACUAAGAUGCUGAACAAAGCAGCUGUUUGCACUGUGAAUAUGUUAGCAUGCUAACGUAGCAUUUAGGUAAAAGUCGUGCUGUGCAUAAUUCUGCACUCCUGUUAUAUUAUUCAGACUAUAUUGGAAUAAUUGUCGAAGAAUAACUGCUCAUGUCUGCCUCUGAGUUUUAAUCAGAGUCUGUCGCCUUUCUUUUGUGUUUGCAUUUCCAGUCAUCUGAAAUACUGGGCUGUAUUUGCAUAGAGAUCUUUUUAAAGUGCAAUUUCUGACUCUAAUUUUCCAAUCGUGUAUUAAAAAAGACUAAAUUUA